AUGGCUACAGUCAAACCAUUCAGAGGCAUCCGUCCACCAAAAGAUAUAGUAGAGUUAGUAGAGUCUCGUCCUUAUGAUGUUUUAAGCUCUGAGGAGGCUUAUAAAGAGUGUGAAGGCAACGAAAAGUCGCUUUAUCACAUAAUUAAGCCUGAGAUAGACUUUCCCGAGGGCACCUUAGACACUGAUGAAAGAGUGUACAAAAAGGCUGCUGAGAACUUUGCGAAAUUCCAGGAAAAGGGGUGGCUUGUGCAAGAUACAAAAGAGUGUUAUUACAUUUAUGCGCAGACUAUGAACAACAAGACCCAAUAUGGAUUGGUAGUAGCUGCUUAUGUUCCAGACUAUAUGAAUGGUAUUAUUAAAAAACAUGAAUUAACUCGAAAGGAUAAAGAGGAAGAUAGAAUGAAACAUGUCAGAGUCUGUAAUGCUAAUAUAGAACCUGUCUUCUUUGCAUAUCCAGAUCGACCAGAAUUGGAUAAAAUUAUUGAGAAAUACACAUGUCAAAAACCAUUGGACGAUUUCAUUGCUCCAGUCGAUGGAUUUGGCCACAAAUUCUGGAUAGUAGACAACGAUGAGGAUAUUGAAAAUAUUACAAAAAUAUUUAAAACUAUUUCCGCGUUGUAUAUUGCAGAUGGGCACCACAGAUCAGCGGCAGCUGCUCUUGUGGGUGCCGAAAAGGCAAGAAACAAUCCACAUCACACAGGAAAGGAGGAGUAUAACUACUUCAUGGCAGUAUGCUUCCCAGAGAAUCAACUGACUGUGAUUGACUAUAAUAGAGUCGUUAAAGACUUGAAUGGACUUUCAAGCGAACAAUUCUUGGAUGCUCUCAAAAAGCACUUUGAUGUUGAAUUGAAGGGUGAUGAUAUAUACAGACCAAACAUGUUACAUAACUUCUCGUUGUAUCUUGAUGGGAAGUGGUAUUCUUUGACUGCACAUAAAGACAUCUAUGACGACAAUGAUCCAAUUGGGAUUCUUGAUGUCACCAUUUCAUCGAAUCACAUCUUGGACGAAAUUCUUGGUAUAACAGACUUGAGAAGUGACAAGAGAAUAGACUUUGUUGGUGGUAUUCGUGGGUUGGGUGAACUAAAAAGAAGAGUUGAUAGUGGGGAAAUGAAAGUUGCGUUGGCACUCUAUCCAGUUUCUAUGAAACAAAUCAUGGACAUAGCUGACAGUGGAAAUAUUAUGCCACCAAAAACAACUUGGUUUGAGCCAAAAUUGCGGUCAGGAAUGGUAAUUCACAAACUCGAAUAA